AUGCCCUCCCCUGCCAAUGCCACUAAGAUUGCCUCGCGGCGGUUACAUGCGACCGCUCAGCAUCUCCGUCCCGCUGCUGCCGCCGCCCUGGCCGAAUACCCUCCCUCCCACGACAAGAUCCAGAACCCCCUAGAUACCCCAAACUUUCUCGACAACCAGUUUGUGCCUUCAAAAGCAACGCAAUGGAUAGAUUUGCACGACCCGGCCACCAACAACUUGGUCACCCGCGUGCCGCAGAGCACUGACGAAGAGCUCAAGGCCGCAGUCUACAGCGCGGAGAAGGCGUUCAAGCCAUGGAGGGCGACCAGCCUGCUCCACAGGCAACAAAUCAUGUUCAAGUACACUGCGUUGAUCCGCGAGAACUGGGACAGGCUGGCUGCCAGCAUUACGCUGGAGCAGGGAAAGACAUUCGCCGAUGCGAAGGGCGAUGUUCUGCGGGGCCUGCAGGUGGCUGAGACGGCCUGCGGCAUCACCACCCAGAUGACUGGCGAGGUGCUCGAGGUGUCCAAGGAUAUGGAGACUCGCAGCUAUCGCGAGCCGCUCGGUGUUGUUGCUGCCAUCUGCCCCUUUAAUUUCCCCGCAAUGAUCCCCCUCUGGUGUAUUCCGAUUGCUACUGUCACUGGCAACACGCUCGUCAUCAAGCCGUCUGAACGCGACCCGGGGGCGUGCAUGAUUCUAGCGGAGCUCGCCGAGAAGGCCGGUUUCCCUCCUGGUGUCAUCAACAUCGUCCACGGUGCGGCCAAGACGGUCGACUUCAUUAUCGACGAACCGCGCAUCAAGGCCAUCAGCUUCGUCGGCAGCAACCAGGCCGGAGAGUACAUCUACGCCCGCGGAUCCGCCAAGGGCAAGCGUGUACAGGCCAACCUGGGCGCGAAGAACCACGCCGCCGUCCUCCCCGACUGCAACAAGAACCAUGCGCUCAACUCCAUCACGGGUGCCGCCUUCGGCGCCGCGGGCCAGCGCUGCAUGGCACUCAGCACACUCGUCAUGGUUGGCGAGACCAAGGAGUGGGUUCCCGAAAUCGCCGAGAUGGCGAAGAAGAUCAAGAUGAACGGUGGAUUCGAGAAGGAUGCCGAGCUAGGCCCCGUCAUCAGCCCUCAGGCCAAGAAGAGGAUCGAGGACCUGAUCGCCAGCGCUGAAGAGGAAGGCGCCACCAUUCUCCUCGACGGUCGUGGACAGAAGCCCGAGAAGUACCCCAAUGGCAACUGGGUUGGUCCGACCAUCAUUGCGAACGUGAAGCCCCACAUGCGGUGCUACAAGGAGGAGAUUUUCGGCCCCGUCCUCGUCUGCCUGAACGUCGACACCAUUGACGAGGCGAUCGAUCUCAUCAAUGCGAACGAGUAUGGCAACGGCACCGCCAUCUUCACCCGGUCGGGCGCGACUGCUGGACGGUUCCAGCGCGAGAUCGAGGCGGGCCAGGUUGGCAUCAAUGUUCCCAUUCCCGUCCCUCUCCCCAUGUUCUCCUUCACCGGAAACAAGAAGUCGAUCGCGGGCGGCGGCGCCAACACCUUCUACGGCAAGCCGGGCCUGUACUUCUACACGCAGCAGAAGACGGUGACGAGCUUAUGGCGCAGCGAGGAUGCCUUGGCGACCAAGGCGAGCGUGAAUAUGCCUACGCAUAGCUAG